AAAUCCGCGAUUUUCGACGAGGAGACCCCUCUCUCUCUCUCUCUCUCUCUCUCUCCUUCUUCUCCAGCUCCUAAAGAGGCUAAAACUCCCGUAAACCCUUCGAUCAAAUGCGCGCUUAUUACUCUCCGUCUCAAUCUCUCGCCUCUCCGACAUAUCAUCCCCGCUCCCCACUCUCCUCUCUCCUCCUCCAAUCCCUCUCCCUCCCCCGAAACCCUAAUCGAGCGGCGCGGGCGAUCGCGAGGAGCUCGAAAAUGGAGGAGCUCGCGAUGACGAAGCCCGACGAUUGGCACCUCCACCUCCGCGACGGCGACCUCCUCCAAGCCGUUCUCCCUCACAGCGCGAAGCACUUUGGGAGGGCGAUCGUGAUGCCGAAUCUGAAGCCGCCGAUCACCACCACGACAAUGGCGGUGGCGUAUCGGGAAUCCAUCUUGAAGGUGCUUCCCCCGGGAAGUGGUUUCGAUCCCCUGAUGACGCUGUACUUGACGGAUAAUACGAGCGCCGAAGAGAUCAAACUCGCCAGGAUGAGUGGAGUGGUGUUUGCUGUAAAACUAUAUCCUGCUGGAGCUACUACAAAUUCCCAAGAUGGGGUGACUGAUAUUUUUGGGAAAUGUUUACCUGUACUUGAAGAGAUGGUUGAGCAAAAUAUGCCGUUGCUUGUUCAUGGAGAAGUGACAGAUCCUGAUGUCGACAUAUUUGACCGAGAAAAGGUUUUCAUUGAAACAAUUUUAACGCCAUUAGUUCAACGGCUUCCACGGCUCAAAGUAGUGAUGGAGCAUAUUACAACUAUUGAUGCAGUCAGGUUCAUUGAAUCAUACAAUGAAGGUGUUUUUUCUUGCGGCAAUGUUGCUGCAACUGUAACUCCGCAACAUCUUCUUUUAAAUCGGAAUUCUUUGUUUCGAGGUGGUUUGCAGCCUCACAAUUACUGUCUUCCAGUUCUGAAACGAGAGAUUCAUAGACAAGCUAUCAUCUUAGCUGUCACAAGUGGAAGCAGAAGAUACUUUCUUGGGACUGAUAGUGCUCCGCACGAGAGAAAAAGGAAAGAAUGUACUUGUGGAUGUGCAGGCAUAUAUAAUGCUUCUGUGGCAUUGUCUCUUUAUGCCAAAGUGUUUGAAGAGGCUGGCGCGCUUGACAAACUAGAGGCGUUUACAAGCUUCAAUGGACCAGAUUUUUAUGGUCUUCCUCGGAACAGUUCAAAGAUUGUGUUAAGAAAGAGCCAAUGGAAAGUGCCAGAAACAUAUACUUAUUCAUCUGGUACAAUUGUACCCAUGUUUGCCGGAGAGACUCUUAGCUGGCUUCCUUGCGACAACUAAAUAUGAGGCAUUUGAGGGUUUCUUUUCAUUCCAGUCAGUAGCGGAAAGUGAGGUGUUUCCUCUCUCCUCACUCUCUCCUCAUGUAGAAGAGGUUUUCCACACAGUCAAUCUGCAGGAAGAACGAGAGCUUUCUAGUUUGAUUGACACAAGUAUUUGACGGCUUCUGAUUUCCAUUAGCAAACAAAGAUCCUACACGCCACUGUUACCAGAUAAGCCAACGCAUGUAUGCUAACUUUUUUCCCCAUCUCUUUUUGAAUCUCAGACACACACUAAGAAUCACUCUGAAGUUUCCAGUUCCGCGAUCGGAUGCAAUUUUUUCAGUAGUGUACUGUUAAAAGUUCAAGAUGGAUAAGAAGUUUAAAUUACUUAAAGAGCUGUUUAUUUUCAAGCAAGCAAUAAAAGGCUGGUGCACCAUUUACUAAUUACAGAGUUAGGUUAUCGCUAAUAGUGGAUUCUUUUGCGAGGUUUUGCUUCUUUUGUGUGUGAUUUAUUAUGUUCGACUUGUGUGAAAUUGGUUUUGUUAUAAUAUCUUGAUUUAUCUUUUGAUUGUUUUCA